AGAGUGCCUUGGUAACCUCCAAGAACACUCCGAGUGUAGGGAGAGCAGCAAAGGAAAAGCAGACAUGAGGAAGCUACUGGCACCUCUGAUCUUGACUCUGGCCCUGGCAGUGCACUGCUGCUGUGAGAAAGAUCCCAAAGAGCCCUCAGGAUCUCCCAGUGCCGCCAGCAUCACAGUUGAAAAGGAAGUUGCCAAUGCCUUUGUGAAGAGGCAGAAGAGGUUCGACAUGUAUGAAUGGUACUCUGAGUAUUACAAAAGCCCAAUGGAGCAGAUGCGUGAGCGUUGUGAAAGCUACCCUCCCUGUGACUAUCUGUCUGAACAAAUAGGAUUUCCCAUGGCCUACAACCGUUUCUUUGGGAGAUACUAAGGCUGGGAUGAUUAUUUUGAUCAUCUGACCGUUCUGAAUCCCCCGGCAGAAAGAAUCUUGUGGAUAGGAAGAAGGAAAGAAGGACAUCUACCCUGAGACCUUCUUCCAUUGUCUCCUUUGCCAGCUGAAACACAAAGGCAAUGACUAUUCCACUUGUCUGGAUUGCUUGCUUUCAUCAGAAAUGUUUAUUUUCUGUUAUCUUCUGUGGUAUUUUCAGUGCCACUAGGAAUGGUUGAGAAGACUCUGUGUUACCUGCUUCCUUUGUAAAUGCUAUUAUUACAUAGCCAGAAAUCAUGUCCCAGUAUACUGUUCUUAUUAUUCUAUCACAAAAUUUGCCUGUUUAACAUCAAAGUUUAAAUCCCCAGAAGUAUGUUUGAAGACAUUUUAGAUGAGCCCUUCCAUUUGUGUGCUACAUUCAGUGACUGUGAAAAAUGAAUUGGAAAUCUCUUAUUGUUUUUGUUACAAUUGAUUUCUGGUGAAACCGAGUAUACCAAAGCAGAACAAAAAACCACCUCUCUCUCUGAUGCUUUAGCUUUUGUGCUUGAAAUUAAACAUGUCAGUGUCUCCCCAAAAGCAAACAAAAUAAAGCAAUGAACUUUAUAAAAUAGAAAUAAAGCCGUUCAACGUGGA